AUGUCGGCGGCGCUUUUUGCGGCCGUCGAGGUAAGGACAUAACGUUAAAAAAAAAAAAAAACAACAUUUUUGUAUUUUAUACGGCAUUUUGUUUUGUCGUCAAGGCUGAAUUGGAUUGUUCGUGCGACUGCGGAAAAAUUCCGUGUUCAUGUUGCGACUCGGAACCAUUUUAUGGACCGCCGCCGUCUUCGCCCUCCAAUGUCGCGGCUCGCUGCGGUCAUCCGCCGCCGCCGAGCCCUUGCGCGCCAAUUCCACCACUGCCGACCGUCCAGACUCUUCCGUACGCCCCGUGGCCUAUCUCUUCGCGACAUCCCACCUGCUGCGAUCCGUCCCCGUAUCCCUGCCCUGCGCCGUGCGCUCGACCGCCGCCGUUCCCCUGUCCGGUCCCGUCUACUCUCGUUCCGGCCUACUGUCCGCCACAGCCGUCGUCGUGUGUACCGCAGCCGCCGCCGCCGCCUUGCUCGUUCCCGUCUUCCGGCACGGCGGGCCCCGUUAUUAGCCCGGUCCCGUCGCUGUCCGCGAUCCUCGAAUACUUGACGCAGCAGCCGUCCGCAGCGCCUUCUUGUCCGCCGCCGGUCGCCCGCUCCAAACUGUUAUCCGUCCCGUUGAAACCGCUACCGUCCCCGUGCCCUUGCAAUAGUUGCAGCCGACACCCGGGAUCGCCGCCUCAGUUGGCCGACUCGUCGCUGGGCUACUUACGCCGUCCGCCGACGUUUGCGCCGGGUUGUUAUUGA